GCAAAGCUUUUUUAAUGUGUUAAUAUUUCAUUUACAGGCUUCUAGGGGCUGUUGUUGUGAUAGCAGCAAAUGCUGGUGGUGCAUGGACUCCAAUUGGUGAUGUUACCACUACUAUGCUGUGGAUACAUGGUCAAAUAUCUACAGUGCAGACAAUGAAGGACUUAUUUAUACCUUCUGCAGUUUCUUUGGCUGUCCCACUCGCUCUUAUGUCACUUGCUAGUGAAAUGAAUGGGAAGGGACAGGACUCAACCAAUGUUUUGGCAUCUGAACAGAUGGCACCUCGAGGACAGCUUGUUUUCUCCGUUGGAAUUGGAGCACUAGUUUUUGUCCCCGUGUUCAAGGCUGUAACAGGUUUGCCUCCUUACAUGGGUAUGCUGCUUGGACUCGGAAUUCUUUGGAUUCUAACAGAUGCUAUCCAUUAUGGUGAAUCCGAAAGACAACAGUUGAAAGUACCCCAAGCUUUAUCACGAAUUGACACCCAAGGAAUCCUAUUCUUCCUUGGGAUCCUUUUGUCUGUCGGCAGCUUGGAGGCAGCAGGGAUUCUUCGGGAACUGGCAAAUUACCUUGAUGCCCAUAUUCCAAACGUUGAACUGAUUGCAAGCACAAUAGGUGUCGUUUCAGCAAUCAUAGACAAUGUCCCAUUGGUCGCAGCGACAAUGGGAAUGUACGAUCUCACUUCCUUCCCCCAAGAUUCGGAGUUCUGGCAGUUGGUUGCAUAUUGUGCCGGUACUGGUGGGUCCAUGUUGGUAAUUGGCUCUGCAGCAGGAGUUGCGUUUAUGGGAAUGGAAAAGGUGGAUUUCUUUUGGUACUUGCGAAAGGUAAGCGGUUUUGCUUUUGCUGGUUAUGCCGCUGGUAUUGCUGCGUAUUUAGCAGUUCAUAAUCUCCAUCUCUCUCUCCCAACAUCUCUAGCUCAGGCCCCUUUCCUUUCGGGUUCAUAAAUCAAUAGUGAGGGCAGUGCAUUUGAUGUAAUACGGAUAUUCACAUUGGCUUGAUCAAGUGAUAUCUGAAUCAGUAGAAUGUUCAGGACACAAAGUAUCAUAUGUAUGCAGAAGUUCAUGUAAAGGAAGCAUGGAGAGAAUAAUUGAUAAAGGUUUUGAAUA